GGCUUGGGCGGCUCCUCGGCGGGUGGCGGUGGUGGCCGUAGCGGUUCCUCCUGGCCCUGUUAAUGUCGGGGCCAGGCCCGGGGAGGAUGGCGCCCUAGAGCCCGGCCUCGCUGGGGUAGGGGCGGGAGGGGACGGGGUGGGCACCGGCCAUGUCGGAGGUGACCCGGAGUCUGCUGCAGCGCUGGGGCGCCAGUUUUAGGAGAGGCGCCGACUUCGACUCUUGGGGCCAGCUGGUGGAGGCGAUAGACGAGUAUCAGAUAUUAGCAAGACAUCUACAAAAAGAGGCCCAAGCUCAACACAAUAAUUCUGAAUUCACAGAAGAACAAAAGAAAACCAUAGGCAAAAUUGCAACAUGCUUGGAAUUACGAAGUGCAGCUUUACAGUCCACACAGUCUCAAGAAGAAUUUAAACUGGAGGACCUGAAGAAGCUAGAACCAAUCCUAAAGAAUAUUCUUACCUAUAAUAAAGAAUUUCCAUUUGACGUUCAGCCUGUCCCCUUAAGAAGAAUUUUAGCACCUGGUGAAGAAGAGAAUCUGGAAUUUGAAGAUGAAGAAGAAGAGGGCGGUGCUGGAGCAGGGUCCCCAGACUCCUUUCCUGCUCGAGUGCCCGGUGCAGCUAUCUUCUUUGAAUUCAAACACUACAAGCCUAAAAAAAGGUUCACCAGCACCAAGUGCUUUGCUUUCAUGGAGAUGGAUGAAAUUAAAGCGGGGCCGAUUGUAAUAGAACUAUACAAGAAACCCACUGACUUUAAAAGAAAGAAAUUGCAGUUAUUGACCAAGAAACCACUUUAUCUUCAUCUACAUCAGACUUUGCACAAGGAAUGAUCCUGACAUGGGUGACCUGGAACGUCUGUGAAUCCCACCACUCAGUAGAGACCAUCCCAGCUCGUGUAGCACAGCCCCCUCCGCCAGGCAGGAAGCAGGCCGCGCCCACGCCGGGAGGCCAGAGCGAGUCUGCAGAAUUCACAGUCCGCACACCGCUGACACGGACGACCCCUUUGGAUACAGGCUUGUUGUAGUUUUGAAACCUGUUUUUACUUUUCUAGUGUUUGUGCAAUUCGUAGUCUCUCUUCUAACUUACCGCUGUUCCUGCCCUGCUUCCUGGAACAACACUGCUGUCGUAGGAUGUGCUCACCUUCGAAACUAAUACAGCAAUAAGAUUGUGCUAGAAUGUACACAUCGGUUCACUUCUGCUCCAGUAUGCUUUUUUGGUUUUUUGAGUUAACGCCAGACUUUGGGCUGAUGUGGGUGGGAUGGUGUGAAACUUUCCCAAGAGGAAUUGGACCAGAUUUUGCUGCCCAGGGAGGUCAGUCUGGAAUUGUAUAGGCGGCUCCUCAGACGUGGCCUGAAUUCACCCCGAUCUCUAGUUCUCCUGUUUAGAAAUCGUGUGCCUUGGCCGGAUCGGUGUCCCCUGUGGGAGCGUUCCAGAUGACCGGAUUGCUUUCGAGAGCGCGGAUUUGUGGUCCAGCCGAUGAGCGGGUCCGCUACGUCACACACACCGCUGUUCUGAGGGCGAUUCCAGCGUUAAUGGUGGAACCGUCUCAGAACAACUGCAGGUGUUUGGACGGCUCCGUAACGUCUUCUGAGUCGUGUUAACCCGAGUCCGAUGCUGACGAGACACUGCAGGAAUAACUGCUGUUUUUCUGACAACUGAUUGUGAAACCUUAAAGCCUGCACCCCUCUUCUUCAAGUGGGGAGCGUGCAAAACCUGGAGCUCCUCUGUGGUUUCUUUACGUAGGUAGUUAGGAUCGCCAUUUAUUUCCUAGAUAUACUGACUUUCAUCCCUAGGGAAAUACGCAGGUCAUGAGCUUAUUAUAAUUUGACUAUUUACAUUACUUUUGACUUAAUGGGGCGUAAAUAAAACUUCCAGAGUACACCCGAGGUAGAUAUUUGAUAACACAGAACAGUAAGGCUUGGGGUGGGCUUUCUGUGGGUCAGACGUAGAACCCACAUAUUUAAUACUAUUUUAAAUGCCCAGUGCUAGCAUGAGGGGAAUGCAGGGCCAGCCAGUCCUUGGCCUGUUUUUCAACUAGCCGAAGAACCCUGGGUGUCCCUUCAGCGUUUGCUUUUUAGAAUAAGUAGCCACAAUGAAGUGUUCUAGCCCUUGCACUUCUCGAGAGCUGAUCUUUGCCUUCCGUUGUCUGUCAGUUCUGUUCCAAGAGGGGGGUUAUAAACUGUGAGCCUGGAGGAAUUCCCAGCCAAAUUAAUCCUCUCUCUCGUUUGGAUUAGACUAAUCCCAAGAUGAUUCAGUCCACGAUAGCUCGAGGGGAAGAAAUUGCCUUAAUAAAUUACCUUGCUGUUCACUCAACCCUCAGAGCGGGAGCUGUCGGCCCCCAGACCGUCAGCUCCUCAAGGGGCAAGAACCACAUUUUCUCCAAGUCGUGUAAAUGUCCUGAGGUGCUUGAUGGCACGCUGUAGCCUGGAGAGCACGCAGUCCCUUCUGUUCGAUGUUGCUGACGAGACCGAGAAAAUAAUCCCGUGAAGUACCUACUAUUAAAAUGUAGCAAAA